AUUGUAUGUGUGUUGUUCUCAUGCAUGGUGAUUGUAGCUGUCUCUCCUGUCUCUCUCUCACAUGGCGUGUCUGCAGCAGAGGUGGGGAGCGGAGACCCUCCCUCAAAAGCUGCCGCUGCUGCCAAGGCGAUGGUGUGUCAGCUGAAAACAGGCAGGGCUCCCCUGUGCUGAUCCCAGCCACGCUGCAUCCACCUCAGCUGCACCCGUCGGACCGUCUACCUCUCACUGGGCUCGGAUGCCACCUCCGCUGAGGUGUGAGCAAAGACUGCAGCAGACGUCAAGGUCAUUGCAAUAAGUGGGGCCUGCAGCCAGUGACCACCUAUCCGUUAGCUGAGCCCCUGCCGUAGAACUGAGCUGGAUCAACCAGUCGCUCGAUGGGGAUUAACGGUGCAUCACCUGUGUGUGUCGCCUUUCCAGCCUGCAACAACAAGAAAACCAAGAAUUUUACCACUUCUUCUAUAGAAAUUAUGAAACUGGUAUUAACUGAAUGGCAAAUAUGGAUUUUUAACUCAAAUUCACAGUAAACCAUUAAAGCCAUAUGAUUGAAUUAGUACCAAAUACCCUCCUCUUGCGCAGCACCUUAUUUGCAAAGUUGCGGCGACAUCUACUUGAACGCAGUGGAAUAUAAGUAUUAAUUGCAUGACGGACGUGACGAAAGUUGAACAAAUAAAGAAUAAAUAUUUAUCUUUGAAGAUAUAUAGUAUUAAUAUUUAUAUAGAAUCUAGGAGUAUACACAUAUAUAUAUUUUUGUGGUGACGAAGAUGGCCCCUCAAAACGCCGACUCGGAAUCUAUGCAAGUUCAGGACCUUCCGUUGGCCCAGCUGAAGAAAGAUGAGAACAAGGAGAACGAGAGUAGGGAUGAGAAUCUAAGCGAGAGUUCCAUCGACCGGAUUCCGAUCCGCCUCUGGGUGAUGAAUGGCGCUGUGAUGUUUGGUAGAGAAUUCUGCUACGCUAUGGAGACUGCACUGGUGACGCCGGUUCUGUUGCAGAUUGGUCUUCCUGAACAGUACUACAGCCUGACGUGGUUCCUGAGCCCAAUCCUUGGUUUGAUAUUUACCCCUCUCAUUGGCUCAGCCAGUGACCGCUGCACGCUACGGUGGGGCCGCCGGCGGCCCUUCAUCCUCGCCCUCUGUGUCGGGGUUCUGCUGGGAGUUGCACUUUUCCUCAACGGCUCUGUAAUUGGACUUGCUAUCGGAGAUGUUCCGGAUAAACAGCCCAUCGGCAUCGUUCUUACUGUGCUGGGUGUUGUGGUCUUGGAUUUCUGCGCUGAUGCUACCGAAGGACCGAUCCGCGCCUACCUGCUGGACGUGGCGGAUAACGAGGAGCAGGACAUGGCGCUUAACAUCCACGCCUUCUCAGCGGGCCUUGGCGGCGCCAUCGGCUACAUGCUCGGUGGCCUGGACUGGACUCAGACUUUCCUCGGAACCCUGUUUAAAUCCCAGCAGCAAGUCCUCUUCUUCUUCGCUGCCAUCAUCUUCACGGUGUCCGUCGGCCUCCACCUCUUCAGUAUUGAGGAAGAACAGUACAGCCCUCAGCAGGACCGGCUGGACGAUGAAGUGGACACCCUCUCCAGCGUGAAGCUGAACAGCACCCUGGCGCCCAUGUCUCGCCUAAACGUCAUCAACGAAGACGAGCCCUACACCAACUUUCACGAUGAAGUCCAGUCAGAAAACGACCUCAACCUCGACUUCCUGGAAGUGGACAUCGUGAGGAGCAAAAGUGAUUCUGUAUUGCACAUGGCCGACGCCACUUUGGAUUACGAGUCCGAGUUCUUAAAUUAUAUUGACCCCUUUAUUUUUCAAGACUGUUCGUACCCAAACACCCCGCGCAGCACCAGCCAGGAACUUCUGAAAUCCAAAUUUAACCGCCUGUCCGCGUUCCUUCGGGAGAAUGAAAGGGAAGAGGAGAUGUUGCUUGAUAAUCACAUUAAUGAAGCCAAAGUUCCGAAUGGCGGAGACCUGCCACCCAAGGAGAACAUGAACGGGCACACCAGAAUCGGCAUGAAGCAGUCCUGUACUGCGAAUUCCAUGCGCAGGAGGCGGCACAUGUUCUACCGCCAGCCGUCGUACACCUUCUCCUACUACGGCAAAGUAGGCACGCACCGUUACCGAUUCAGGAGAGCCAAUGCCAUCCUACUGAUAAAGUCCUCCCGCAGCAUGAACGACAUCUAUGACAUGCAGAAGAGGCAGCGCCAAAGGCAGCGGCACAGGAAUCAGAGCGGCGCUACCAACUCCAGCGGCGACACCGAGAGCGAGGAAGGAGAGACGGAGACCACGGUCAGGCUGCUCUGGCUCUCCAUGCUGAAGAUGCCCAAAGAGUUGAUGCGCCUCUGCGUCUGCCACCUGCUGACCUGGUUCUCCAUUAUUGCCGAAGCCGUGUUCUACACCGAUUUCAUGGGCCAGGUCAUCUUCGAGGGUGAUCCUAAGGGCCUCUCUAAUUCAACGGAGCUACAGAACUACAACGCUGGCGUACAGAUGGGCUGCUGGGGACUGGUCAUAUACGCUGCUACUGCCGCCGUCUGCUCAGCCUUGCUACAGAAAUACCUAGAUAACUACGACCUCAGCAUCAAAGUCAUCUACAUCCUGGGGACCUUGGGUUUCUCCAUCGGCACGGCGGUGAUGUUCAUCUUCCCCAACGUGUACGUCUCUAUGAUCAUGAUAAGCACCAUGGGCAUCUUCUCCAUGAGCAUUUCCUACUGCCCCUACGCCCUGCUAGGGCAAUACCAUGACAUGAAAGAGUACAUCCAUCACAGCCCUGGGAACUCUAAGAGAGGCUUUGGCAUAGACUGCGCCAUCUUGUCCUGCCAAGUUUACAUCUCCCAGAUCUUGGUGGCCUCCGCCCUGGGGGCGGUGGUUGAUGUAGUGAGCACCGUCAGAGUGAUACCUUUGGUGGCCUCCAUAGGCUCCUUCUUGGGAUUUCUCACAGCUGCGUUCUUGGUAAUGUACCCGGAGGUUCCGGAAGACAAGGAGGAUUCAAAGCGCCAAGUCCCACCAGACGCCGCCGUUGCUGCCAAUGGAAUUGAUCCGGAUAAGCCUCUUGUACUCAAGCUCACCCCCAAAGGGCCACCUGUUCCUCCGGAAGCAGACAGCGAGUCAGCAGUUUGAGUAGGCGCUUUCAUAAAAACCACUCCACAUUCCAGACCGUAUGGACAACACCCUUGGCGGUAAAAUAGGCGCUCGUCUGGACUGGACUGUAACCGGAGAGCAAUAUGGUGAAAAUCACCCUGUCUUUAUUUAAAAAGUUAAGGCUACAGUAAUUUCCUAUUUAUUAGCAUGGGGUUAAAAAGAAAAUGAAACAAAGAUAUAUUUAGUUCGCCCUCCUAGAAUCUGUUCUUCUGAUUAUGCCUUUUUUCUGCACAUUUUCUCUUUUAAACCAAACGUAUGUUUUACGGAUUUUUAGAAAACAUCUAGGUUUGAAGGAUUUAUUUGACACUUGGGAUAUUUAGCCUUUAUAAGUUGUUGUUCUUCUAUAGGUUUUUCUGGGUAAAAGAUGCUGGUAUAUUACUGUACACUUUAAGUUAAUUGUACCUGUCCACUGUACACAGUGAUGGCAGCCAUUUUGUGGGAUGGGUUGGGCAGGAUACAUAGCCUAUCCAGUGACACCUCUGUGUCGCUGCAUGAGCUGGUGGCAGCCAUUUUGUGGGUUAGGUGGAGCAGGAUACAUGUACACAUAGCCUAUUCAGUGACAUCCCUGUGUCGCUGCAUGAGCUGGUGGCGGCCAUUUUGUAUGCCGGACCAGAUGCAGAUUAUAGAGAACCACACGUGCACUUCGCCUCAGCCCACAAAAUGGCUACUUCUUGGUUAGUUUAUUUUAUAGAUCGCUACUUGGAUAUAUUUUAUGCUGCAUCAUUUACUUAUUGGCGUAAAAUGCCUGUCCGAUCCAUCCAAUUGGCAAACACUGAGGGAGCGAUGGCAAUUUUUCUCACCUCCAUUUUAAAUCCUCUACACUUUUCACUUUGGUUGUUGCAGUUGAAAAGCAAUAUUACGCCUCGCUUCUUAGGAAAACCAUUUGGGACGGAGAGCAGGCUGAGGAAUCAACGGAUGUUUUAUUUUUUAUUGCACCGAAACCUGCUUCUCCUGUUGCAGCUAUUUAAGAAGAGGGGUGGAUUUGUGGCCAUUUUUCGUUUAUGAAAGGUUUUGCUUUGUUCCGCAGCAUCUUUUACAAAGUGGUAUUUGAAUAUUGCAGGUUACUGAGUCGCCCUCCCAUAGCAGUGUUAUAGCACAUUGACGCACCUAUGUACUGUAUUUAUGCAUGCUGGGGUUCAUUUACUGUGACAACAUGCCUGGUUAUCCGGUAGUCCCCAUGGCCGGUUAGCCAGGCUUUUAUACUAGCCAUACAAUAUAUGCUAUUCAUUGAACAGUCUGAGCAAUAAGAGGGAUUUCUCCCAUCUGGAAGUGCAGUGGUUGCUGUACGCCAUGACCUGUGGUAUAACAUAAGUUUCUUUGGCCUAGCGUGGCGGCAGCCAUCUUGUUCUGAACCAUCUUCCAUAAGGAUGCAGCAUAAUCAUUCAUUAGGAACCAGUACCUCAGGAAUAUCAGCCCUGAAUCGCCUCAGUGAUGUCACUAGCUCCUAUUGAACUCUAUAGGCAUCAUUCUUAAGGAGGAUGGCCCGCCCCACAAAAUGGCUGCCUCCACCUCGUCUAGGCAACAGGUGCUUUUUAAAUUAAAAAAAACCCUGUUUGUGCUGUGCUAGUGACGAAUCGAACUUAACUCCUCUCACAUCCUAAAACGUCUGUCUGGUUUGGCCAUAAAGCACAUGUGUGAUUUUAUUUUACACGCAAUGUGAUGACACGUGCUCGCUAAGCGUCUGCGCCUGCCGCCUUUAACACAAGACUGCACAUGUUGGUGCGCGGUGGCCCCUGCGGCUCCCUACAUUAUGUCUGUGAAGGUGCGUUGCCUUCUCAGUGAUCACCUGUAACCGUACAGCGUGCGUGCACACUGCGCCGUGUCAGCGUGCUCCUAGAUAUAUGUUUCGUAAUGUCCGUGUCCAGUAGUGUCUUCAUUUCCUGCCUCACCCAGUUGCAGAACGUUGCGUGCUUUGAACCUUUCGGUGCCGGGCCUAGGGCGCACUUGCAUGGGAGACCUUAUUCUCCAAGCACCAGUACUGCGUUUCGCUCUUCUCGUUUGCACUUUUUUGACAAUUAAUCAUGAAUCUGAAUCCUUAAAGAAAAAAAAAAUUGUGUUGCAAUGCAUGGUUUAUAUAAUAUGUAAAUAGGACAUAGCUGGCAUGUGAUAAUACUUUUCGCCUUAAUGACAUCUCUUGGACAGGUGUUCUGCAGCUGGUUAAUAGACGGUGGCCUUGAACUUACCUGCGCUUGCAGGUGUAUGCAGUGAUAAAUGCCGGAUUAUCAUGCAAGCAUUUUACUAACCGCAAUACAACCAUCUCUCAAAACAUUUAUAUUACUUGAAUGUAUGUGUGAGCUGUCUCUCCGAAGCUGGCGGGAGUACGACCACUUCUGUAUUCCUUCAGACAGAUGGAGCUACGUUUAUCUUGGCUUCUCUGCUGCACCUAGGCACACCAUAAACUAUUGUUCUCAGCUGCAAUACAAUACAGAGAGAACAAUACAGCAGGGGAUUAAGUCAUUACAGCAGGGGAUUAAGUCUGACUGCCCUGGCUCACUUAAUCCUAUUAAAGGCCAAGAUAAAGAUGGCUCCUUCUGUAUGGGUUUUGAAGUAGUUUGGUGGCCGCUGCGUUCUCAUAACACUUGAAGUCAAAUGACUUUUAGCUGUUGAUUCGCCUCACAAUAAGACAAGCUGUGCUAUUGCCCCUAUAACUAACAAGUUUAGAUGCUACAACGUUGGUUUUUCUCUUGUGGAACUACAAAUCCAUGCAUACUCUGCCUGCCAGACACUGGGAUUUGUAGUGCCACAACGUUCGGAACAAUCACAAGUUGACUGCUAAACAAAGCGAUGUCCGCUACUUUUAAAAAUACUUUUUAAAUGCGCUAAAAGCUAAAUAAAAUGGUUUGGCAGCUGAAUGAGCCCCCUCAGCGCCCUUAGAGGGCCCACGGCAGAUGAUACUGGGUAUACCGGGAAGGUAAAUGUGACUGAUCCUGGAAUGAAUGACUGGUAUGACAGACUGUUAGUAUGCGAGGAAGCAUUUAGUGAUAAAAUAGAAGUUUCGGGUCACAGGUAUAAGCACCUGUUCUAAGUCUUACUAGGUGUUGGCGAAAGCCCAAAGAACUUGUACGUGUGUGGGCGUACAAUAUACAGGGUUACAGAGCCUUGUGCGCUGGGAGAGAAAUCUAUUUUUACAAGGAUUUAAUUUUGGAAUAUAUUUACAAUGAAGGGGGCGAUAUCUGGAGGGUUGUUUCAUUUGCAAAUUGUCAGUUUGACUGUGAAUAAAAAUAUUACAUUACACUGAUAUAAGGACGUGCACUCCUAUGCGCUGUUUGGUGGCGUCAGCGGGAUUUGUGUCGCUGAUUCCUAACUUGUCAAAAUGUUCCGUUGAAAAUUUUUAUUUUGUGCCCAUGCUCCGGAUGGCGGUAACUCACUGUGUGCAGUAUUAAUGCUUGAUAUAAAGGUAACCAAUUAUAGCGUGUUCCAUUAGAAUACUGAUUUAUUAUUAACUCGAAGUGCUUGGCCAAUCACCCAGCUGGUUCCGAGUAUAAGACUUAGUGAGGGAGCUUGCGCCAUGGUUGAAAGCACUUAGCGCUUAUUUUACGAGCUGCGCAGUCACUGAUUGCAGCCUCCGCAAUAACUUCCAUUUUUAAAUGAUUAAUUUGUUACUUUCAGCUAUCUCAAAUAAUUAUUUUCCUACUUUCUGGUCCUCUGUUGGAAAAGUCAUUUUGUCCAGCUUUCAGCAAUAUGGCUGCCAGUGUUCAGCCAUCCUGCGCACUAAAAAGCACCCGUCGGUCAUCUUGUUAUGCUGACUGUGCCGCCACUAUUGCACAUUGUGUUCUUGCAAUAUACAGGUUAUAAAAAAUAAAUUAAAAAAACAUUGGAAAUCCGACAGCUUUGGCUUAGAGGGACAUUGGAAUCCUGUGGCUGGGCUUCAAUCCUCCAAAAUAUGGCUUGUAGCCAUCACAUCAUAACUGCACGAUGGUAUAACAAUCGUCAGCCAUCAGAUAGGCAUUGGAAAGCUGUAUCCGAUGGCUGACAACCAUCGCAAACCUGCUAUUCAUUGGAAAAAGUACUCCCAUCGAAUCUGGAACAUCGAUGAUUGCUAACCAUCUGUUUCCGAUGUCCAUGCCUACUUUGGCUCCAUAUAUUUAUUUGCAUAGGCUGAUUGCUUUGUCUGAAAGCAGAAUUUUUAUUUCCCAUCUAUAAUAAAUCUGCUCUUUUUCUGCCUUAUUGACUGAGGUCCGACAACAUUCGCUCUUAGCGUUGACUUGCCAGAUGGGAUUAUGGGAGUUGUAGUUUAGCAAUAGAUAUUGACUUGCAGACGUGGGCUGCAGACGGAGUGAAUGCAGAAUGUCCAACACGGAUGGGCACACAGGUAGCAGCAAUAUUAUAGACGUGACCGCACAGCGCUCAGGGAAUAAUAUAAUGCGUUGUUUAUUAUAUAGAAUACUGGUGAACUCUCCAUGGUUCCAAGACCGCGUCUCCAGCCCCCUUAGCCCCUGCAAUAUACAUUAAAUCAUUGUGACGGUCACGUUUUAUCGCGAUUCCAGAAAGUAGCUGGAAAUUAUAAAGAAUGCGGCCGGUGUAAGGCGUAAUUCUGGCCGUCUUUCUCAGAUGUACAGUAAUUAUCUGCGCAGCAGCACCCACCAGAAACGUCAGGGAUCCAGAAAGAAGAAUCUUGUAAUGUAACAAACAUUUUAUUGUACAUUUAAAAAAAACAAAAAAACUUUCGCCUUUUUUAUACGGGAUAUUUAAACUACAGAAGAUUAGAACUUUAUUUGGUCAAUUUAUUGGUGGUCGGUGAAUAAGAUAGACAACCUGUGGCUAUCCUGGAGCAGUGAACAGUACUCAUCCAUAAACUGUAGGCCAGCAGGGCAUGCUGGGACUUGUAGUUCUGCAGCGGCUGUGUAGCCAAAGGUUACCUAAGCACGGUCUGUGAGGUUCGUGAUAUUGGCUUGAAGCUAUAUUUUUAUAGACAAGUUUAUGUUGUAGCUCAGUCAGUGAACAGGGCCUGGAAUGAGACGACGAUGGGUUGGGGAGUAAAAUUGGGAAAUACAUAUUAUAAAGAGGACGAAAACCACAUGCUGGACGCACAAUUAGGGCGAGCUAGCACCAUCUUUUGUCUGGGAGCGGCCCAGUUUUUUUUGUCAAAUUUCCCUUUCUUAUUAGUGUCAUUCAGUGGUUUCCAAGACUCUGUCCUGCAUGCUUAAGCCCAGCUGACUUAUUCGUACCUCAUCCUGUUUCAUUAUACCAUCUCUGCACAAGCAGGGAUAUCCUUAAAUUCUGGACUGUUGGGGUGCCUUGGGGACAGAGUUUGUGAAACGAUCCUGUGACAUGGAAGGUGGUGAACAGAGGUCUCCAGCAAUAAUUUAGAUAACACUACUGAUUGGUGCUAAAAACAACUGCGCCAUUCCUGUUACGCUCUACCAGGGCUUCACCCACUGCGUCGUGCUGCCCUUGCUGUUACGCUCUGCCAUCGCCUCGCCCACUGCGUCGUGCUGCCCUUCCUGUUACGCUCUACCAUCGCCUCGCCCACUGCGUCGUGCUGCCAUUCCUGUUACGCUUUACUAGCGCGUUACCCACUGCGUCAUGCUGCCAUUCCUGUUACGCUUUACUAGCGCGUCACCCAUUGCAUCAUGCUGCCAUUCCUGUUACGCUCUACCAUCGCCUCGCCCACUGCGUCGUGCUGCCAUUCCUGUUACGCUCUACCAGUUUCUGGUCGCUACCAAAAGCUGUUGGGGUUUGUCUAUGAGGAAAUCUGAUUAUAAUUGGAGUUUGUUUUGUGAAACUCCAGGAAAUCCAAGAAAAUGGCCGUGGUGUUAGCAGAAACAGAUCCAUGUGUCCCCCUCCAUUAAUUGUAGGCCGCAGGCAGCCCCUCCUAGGUCAGAAUUAAAUCCACAUUGCUGGUGGGACUGGACCACAGGGAUUUAAUAAGCUGCUGUUUAUGUGAAACAAAAUGCUUUUGUUUCAUUAAAUAUUUUAUUACAUUAUGUGGAAAUGCUGCAUCUAACAUUUAGGAGUAAUAGAUUGCUAGACUCACUAUUUUAAGAUUAUUUAAUCUAGGUCUUAUCUGCAUUAAAAUGCACGAGGUGGGCUGUCAGUCUGGCUCACAAGAUGGCUGCCUCCUGAGGUAAAAGAUGGUUGGUCUCAGUGCACAGUCUUGCAGCUGUUGUGCAACUACAAGUCCCUUCACGCCCUGACAUAUGCUGGAGCUUGUAGUUCUACAGUAGCUGAACAACCACAUAUUCCUCUCCUAGAUCCUCACAUUGUGAAUGGCACUGCGGUUUUCAAAGGCUCUUGUAUAUUAUAAGCAGUUUACGUGUAAACGCUGGCCUCCCCCAUUGUGCAGUGCUGCAGUGUUAUCACAUAGGUCACUGGUCCCCCAUUACUGUCCUGAUGAUCUUUCCCCCACUAAAGCGUUUGUACGUAUGUUAUAUUUGGACUAAAUACAAAUACUCUCCUUUUACACAUUGCCUAUGUUUUGUAUAUUGAACACAGGGAUUAAAGAGCUAUUACAGUAUACAGUAUCACAUAGGUUCAUUUCGGCAUUCAGUGUUGAUUCUGAGGUGAGAGUAAAGCAAAGAGAGCAAUUAACUGUGCACCUUGCAGGGGCGGACUUAAAUCGAAAUUGCAGUACAAAAAUAAAGCUACCCAGCAUGCAUGGGCUACAUGUAAAAGCAGCCUGCAUGCAAAAACAUUAAUGUACGUGCACCCCUCCUUUGCAUUUGUUUGUCCAGGUGCAAAGUUACCUGCUCUUUUUUGCUUUACUCCCACUUCAGAAUCAGCCCUUAAUGCAGUUUUGUAUGUACAUUACAGGCUUUGGACAGUUGGAGGCGCUAGUCUGACCUUCAGGACUUUACAGCCCUACACUGUACUUAUAAUUCAUUCAGCUAUAAGGAACCUGAGGCUCUCCAUCUCUUUUGGGACUACAAGUUACAGCAUUCCCUGCAAGCCACACAUUGCCUCUGUCUGCUCUGCUAUCUCCCCUGUGUGAAUUUUAUUUGCAAAUGAAAAUAAAUCUUAAAAUUGACAUUUGUUUCGUUAAGAACUUCUAAGUACAGUAAGGAUCAUUUCCCUACCUCAGGCAGCAAAUCACCCACUGAUUUGUGUAGGCAACAUGCCUUAUAUCAGAGUGUGCCGCAUUUGUGCAAAUUUGGCACCCAAGAGCCAAUCACAUAACAUUGUCCAUAAACAGGAACCGCGACAGCAACACCUUUCCGCUGAGGAAUGGGAAUGGAGUACAGUACGACGUCUAGCCCUCUCAGAUUCUGACUCUCUGUGCGGAGAGUUUAACCGCAAGAUCAAUGAAUGUUACAAAUUGUUCUUAAUGUCAGGUAGCUGCGAUAUUGUUUUAAUGUGCCGUCCUAUCACUACAGUUCUAUAAUGUCCGCACUAUUGUCUGUUGUUCGUCUUUAUGUUCCUGGGGCAGACUCAGAUAUUCUUUAUUACAUAAGUAAAUAUUCCAAAUACAGAGAUUAUACUAUCCCUGUGUAAUAAGCGCUAUGUACACACUCCGCACCAAUAGUUUAGAGGCAGAAGAACUAUAUAAAAGUGUGUUCUACUAUUGCGGUGACUGCAGGCUUCCAGACCAUGAAAAAAGGAAAUCUACAGGUUGUAAAGUAUCAGCGCGUUUCUCCAUACUAUAUAUAUAUUAUAUCACAUUCACAUCACUGUGUCACACUCCCUUCCGAUGUCUCGGAGAAAAGUAGCAGCACAUUACUAUACAAGUAUAAAAUGUGCUGAGAACUACAGCAAAUAGAUGGAUAUGGCUACGUUUGCUACGCGUUUCAGAGUGAGUAUAUUUACGCGUUUCAUAGUGAGUAUAUAUACUAACAUGGGUUUCUGUGACACAACAGGACAUUAUUCUCUUGUGGGGUGUGCCCACUGUGGACAGCUGAGGACGAGGGGGAGUUGGCAUGCCAGACCUUGCAGCGGUGCACCAAUUUUAGCUCCGCCACUGAUGCCAGUUUGUAGUAACCUUAGAUGAAUCAUGUACCCAGAACGCAUCACAUUUGUGCUUUGUACAUUAAGUUGUUUUAUUAUGAGCCUUAGCAGAUGUCAUUACGGAUGACAUGAGGCACAGCAAUAUAUAAUGAGCACCGAGACUUACAGUGCACCCAGGACAGUGACUGAGAAAUGAUGCAUGUUAUUUCUGCUGUCACUGGCUAGGCUACAUUGGUCGAGCCACAGUAUGUCCAUUUUAUGUCUAUUCAUUUGUGUGUGGGGGGGAGGGGGGGUUGUUUUGUUAUUACUUUGGACCUUUCUAUACCAUUUGUUUUAUAUUCAUUAUGUGCCUGGUUAAUGCAUUUUCACCUAGUUCCUUAUUUGCUCACAUAGGUCAGUCACUGUACCCGACGCAUUUUCAGCCAGCUCCGUGUGCAAAACGCGUUGCGUCCACACAUGCAGAGGUAGGCAGCCUGUGGCUUUAACUCUGGAUGGCCGAGCAUGCUGGGACCUGUAGUCCAACAGCAGCUGGAGCGCUAAAGUCUAUAUUAAAAGUUCUUUUUUUUUUUAAUAGUCACGAGUGACCCAUGCAUUACCAAAACACCAUUUAUAACUGAAGUUCAUUUUUAUGGACAGUUGAGUAUUUUGGUACAGCAUGUGGUAUUUAAUACAAAGAACGUGCAAUGCAGAUAUAGGGACUAUAUAUAAAUACAUUGAGUUACAUUUGCUGAUGCUAUUUGUAAUGUAACGAACACUGAAAGAAGUGCAAAAUUUAAAUGCCUGGAAACCUGCACUUUAGGCAUCUCAUAAUGAUAAUGAUCUGGUUCCAUUGUGAACCGCCCAUAUAACAACUACUUUUUUUUAUCAACUUAUUAAGUUGAGCACGAUAUUAUUGUAGCUCUUGCUGAGUUUAGCAAUCUUAUAAAUGUGUGUUAAACACAUAAAGUUGUUUGUUUUUAAAGAGGAAAAAGGGAUUAAGUAAGAGUGACGUCACAAGUGAUUGAUCAUUGAAUGAUGUGGUUACGUUGUUUAUCUUUUAUUGAUCUGUGUUACACUGUUAUGCUUUUAUUUUUCCUGUUUUUUGAAGUAUGAUCAUUUUGCAUGAUUUUUUUUUUGUAGGUUUUUUAUUUUUAUUUUUUUGCUGUAAUAUUUUUCAAGCUGUUCUGUAUUUUAUGUUCUAUUUGUUUGAUCUGGUUUUAAUUUAAAAAUAAUAUAAAAAAAAAUUGGGAUUUUCAAAUCCUUCACUCUGUAUACAUUGUAUUUCGAUACGUUGUUCAACAGUUCAAUCUUAAUAAACAUUUCAGUAACAGAU